CAGGCGGCGCUAAGUGGGAGGAUCCCCGCGCCGGGCGGACCCUUGCAGGUCCCGGCGGGAGGGCGAGGGCGUCUGGGCCUAGUCGGUGAUAGGGGUGAGUGGGUCUGGGGAGGGGACGAGCAGGAAAGCGCCGUUUCUGCGCCGCCCGCGGUCACCCUUGGCGUCCCGAGCGCUCAGUGCCCUGGUGUCGGGUUCAGACAGGCCGCGCGGGGAGGGCCUGGCGAGGCCAGCCCUGGAGAAAGGAGGGAGAAACAGGAUUAGAGGGGUUCUGUGAUUGGCCACAGCCGACGAGGGAAGGAGCUGAGAUUCAAAUCCAGAGCUUUUUUGAAUCCAAGUCUCAGACUAUUUUGAACAUGGUACUACUUAAAGAAUUGGGUUUUAUUCAAGUCUUUAUGUUUCGUGACACCAGCACACUGUUUGGACCAUGUGGUCUGUGCAUAUCCACUGUCUUCAUGUACUCUUUGUAAAAAAUUUUCAGUGAUUGGGCCAAGUUCUAGAAUUCCGACCGUGUGGCAGUAUUCUAGAUCCUUUUGCUGACUUUAAUGUUUUCUGCUCAGCCAUCAUUAGGGGACCGUAGAGAGGUGGCUGCUUAGAAUAAAUAACUGGAGCUUGCAGCUGCCUGGUAAGGAGACAGAUGCAGCUUAAGGUGGGAGUUGUUCCUUGUGAGCCUAGACAUUAAAAGGACCAGACUCCCUGGGCUCCUGAGAGUGGAGGACGCCCACGCAGCUGUGAAGCCUCCCGCCAGUUUCCUCAUCAAAAGUGGGCAAGCCCCAUCAGGACUCUCUGCCUUCUGGGCUGAGGCCAGAGAGUCCCCCAGAAGGAAGUGCUGAGGUCGUCAUGCUGCAGCAGCUCCUGAUCACCCUGCCCAGCGCACCCAGCGCCUGGGUGAAGCUGCGCCAUCCGAAGAAGGCCGAGGACGAGGCGCCCCUGUGGGAGUACAUGACUAAAAUGUUUGAAGGAGCAGCUCUUUUCUCUCGGGUGGCUGAUAAGACCCAGGGAGAACGUUGUGAGUAUGAAAUGACCCAUGGGUCUCUGACAACAGAAUCCCAGGAAUUGUUGACCUUCAAGGACAUAUCUGUGGACUUCACUGAGGAGGAGUGGGGACAACUGGCCCCUGUUGACCGGAAUCUGUACCAGGAGGUGAUGCUGGAGAACUAUGGGAACCUAGUCUCAGUGGCAGGGUAUCAGCUUUCCAAACCUGGUGUGAUUUCUCAGUUGGAGAAAGGAGAAGAACCAUGGCUAAUUGAGAGAGAUAUUUCAGGAGGUCCAAGUUCAGAGUUGGAGAGCAAAAUAGAAACCAAAGAGUCAACGUUCAAGAAUGAUAUUUCAUGGGAAGAAUUACACCAUAGCCUGAAGAUGGAAAGAGGAGACACCUUGUAUUCGAAAUUGGGAAGAGUUUCCAAAAGUGCUAAGUUAAAAAGCCAUCUGGAAAAUCAAGGAAUGGGUGAGGGGCAAAUCUCCUUGACCCACAAGAAAACACUCAUGCAGGAGAGAGGCCAAGAAUCUAAUAGAUUUGAGAAAAGUUUUAACAUGAGCUCAAAAGUUAUUAUAAGACCAGUUGGUUCUCCAAGAAAAAGAGACCAUAAGUAUGACAUGUAUGGAAAGAGAAGGAGAUACAAUUUAGAUUUGAUUAAUCAUUCAAGGAGCUAUACAAGAACAAAAACCUUUGAAUGUAAUAUUUGUGAAAAAAUCUUCAAACAGCUCAUUCAUCUCACAGAGCACAUGAGAAUUCAUACUGGGGAGAAACCUUUCAGAUGUAAAGAAUGUGGAAAAGUCUUUAGCCAGAGUUCAUCCCUUAUUCCACAUCAGAGAAUCCACACUGGUGAGAAACCCUAUGAAUGUAAGGAAUGUGGGAAAACCUUCCGACAUCCAUCGUCUCUUACUCAACAUGUUAGAAUUCAUACUGGGGAGAAGCCCUAUGAAUGUGGUGUAUGUGAGAAAGCAUUCAGCCAGAGCAUUGGACUGAUCCAGCAUCUGAGAACUCAUGUUAGAGAGAAAUUUUUUACAUGCAAAAACUGUGGAAAAGCAUUUUUCCAAAUUAGACACCUUAGGCAACAUGAGAUUAUUCAUACAGGUGUGAAACCCUUUAUUUGUAAUGUAUGCAAUAAAACCUUCAGCCAUAGCAUAUACCUAACUCAGCACCAGAGAACUCAUACUGGGGAAAGACCAUAUAAAUGUAAGGAAUGUGGGAAAGCCUUUAGCCAGAGAAUACAUCUUUCUAUCCAUCAGAGAGUACACACUGGAGUGAAACCUUACCAAUGCAAUCAUUGUGGGAAAGCGUUUAGGCAUGAUUCAUCUCUUGCUAAACAUCAGAGAAUUCAUACUGGAGAAAAACCCUAUGAUUGUAAUGAAUGUGGGAAAGCCUUCAGCUGUAGUUCAUCACUUAUUAGACAUUGCAAAACACAUUUAAAAAAUACUUUCAGCAAUGAUAUGUGAAAUAUGUUCAACAUUGAAGGGUCCUCAUACUGGAACAAAAGCAUCUAAAUCAGUGGUUUUCUGACUUUCUGAUAUUAAGAACCAAUAAUUUUUAAAUGGUUUGAAUCAGUGUUUCAACUAUUAAUUUUUCCAUAUUAAAAAACUCACCUGUUAUCAGCGUUGUUUUAGAAAAUAAAGUAUAUUUUAAUAUUUUUAAAUAUACGAAGGAUAUCAUCAUAAAGAAUAGCCCUUUACAUUGAAUUGUCAGCUUUAUAAAAAUCUACCAAAUUUGUCUUUGUUUUUCUCAUUUCACUAUGGCCAAUGAAAAUUUCAUCAUGGCAAGUUAGUAAUCUGUGGAUUGGCUUUAAAGAAUCACUGUUUUAAAUAUCCCUUUAAUGAACCAGAAUAAAGUACAGUGUAACGUUUUACUAUAGCCCUUUAAAUGGCUAGAAGAGGUAUGAAUAAAAAUAUUGGUUGGCUUAUUUCUAGAAGAAAUAAUGUUAAAGUGAGCUUUCCAGAAUUAAUAGAUAACCUACUAUACACAAGAUAUUUAUGUAUAUUUUAUGGUUUCCUAUAGAGAAGAAUUGGCAAGGUUUUUCUAUAAAGGGCCAGAUAGUAAAUAUGCUAGGUAUUGUAAACCAUAUGGUCUCUGUCCAAACUACUCAACUCAUCACUUUAGUGCUAUAAAGCAUCCAGAGACAGUACAUAAACUAGGGUAUCCCAGUCUUAGUACUACUGAUAUUUCGGGCCAGAUACUUUGUUAUGGUCAGUUGUCAAAACUGGAAAUUUUGACAUUUUUGGUUGUCAAAGGGAUAAGGGAAAUUUUUGUGUCUAGCACUGUAGUCUGUUUAGCAGUUUCUCUGGCCCCAAGAUGCCAGUACUAGAUACAAAAAUUUCCCUUACCCCUUUGACAACCAAAAAUGUCUCCAGGCUUUCCUAAGUGUCUCCUGGGGUCUCAAUUGGCCCUACUUGAGAACUACUGACAUAAAUGAAUGGGCAUAGCUGUAUUCCAAUAAAAAUUUUUAUUUAAAAAACAGGAUUUGGAUUGCAUUUAGCCCAAGUGCAGUAGUUUACCACUUCUGCUAUGGAGUCAGUCAAUGAUUAAUAAUGGCAAAAUCCUUUAAUGUCAAAUUAGUAUGUUUGUGUAUAUCUAUGCCAUGAGUCUUAUCUCAUUAUGAAUUCCUUUGCUAUUUUGUUGAAAGAAGUUUUGAAAAUCACAUUUUCAAUGCUGCCAUGGGAGCCUAGGAAUUAUUUAUGGAGAUAUUUAUGCAGAUUUCAGUUCAUAAUGAUGCUUUUCUUGUUUAUUUGUAAGUACUUUGGGAUGUAUCACUAAAAGAUAAGCACUCUUUUAAAACAUAACUGCAAUGCUGUUUUACACCAAAGAAGAUUAGGCCUUAAUUCCUUAAUGCAAAUUGAUGCCUUUUGCCUUUUGAAGAUUUGAAUUGAAUUAUGUAUCCAUGGUGUCAAUAGAGAAAGGAGAUCCCUAUACUUUCCUACCUAGAUUUUAUAAGUGAGGAAAUGUUUUUGUCUGUUUAUUUUUUUUUUGCUUUGCACAUGAAUCAGAUUAAUUCACUACAACCUAUAUUGAGAUUGGUAGCUGCCAUUUCGAUUAUCUUUAACUUUCCCUUUGACAAACAGUAUCAGAUUCAAAAUGUGUUUUUUAUUGAUUGGGGGUUCUUUAAGAAAAUCAUCAGAAUAACACAUCUACAGACCCAUCCCCCCCACCAAAGAAGACCAAGGAGAAGGUGACUUCAGGGGCCAUACUGAGGCAGGAAAGAGGAGGAAUUGGCUCACAGUACUUCACUACACUUAAUAGAUCCUGCAUCCUUCCAACCGUAAUUGGACGUAGGUUAAAUUCAACUUGAUACUCUUCCAUGGCAGAGCAAUUCAAUUGCUUGAGCAUUAUAUAUGUGAACAAUCAAAAUAAGCCUGUCAGUCCAGAAUAUGUACCAUUUACCUCUUAGGUUUUUUUUCCUGUUAUUACACUUACUUUUUAAAAAAUAGGGCCUCUAACUCUUGAGUCCUUGUAUGAUUUUGAUGGGUUAAAGGACAGAGCAGAUACAUGAUGUUUCUUACAUAGGUUCUGUCAUGUUUCUGUGGUCUUAGAUUUCCCAAGAAUUUUGGUUUUCUGAUGCUACUUGCAGUGACAGUUAUGACUAUCAUUUUUCUCUACAGUCUCUGCCUUAGUGAUCUCAUAUGAUCUUAUGGCUUAAAAUACCAUCUCUAUUUAACUGCCAAAUUUGUGUCUCCAGCCCAGACCUUUCUCCUGAACUCCAGCCUUGUUCAUGAUCAGGCUUUUGCAUUAGCUGUUGUUUCAGAUAUCCUACAAUAUUACCUUCUCGUCUUUGCUCAGAUGUUGCCUUUUCACUACAGCCUAUCUUGCUUCUUAAUAUUGCAACCUUUCCCUUUCGCCCACCCCAACUCUAUCACUGCCAAACCCCUUAACUUAUUCCACUUUUUCUAUUACAUAUCACCUAAUGUACUAGAUAAUUUACAUAUUUAUUAUGCCUAUUGUUUACUAUCAUCUCUCCAUAGUAGUAUAUAAGUUCCAUGAAGGCAGGAAUCUAUUUAUUUUUACUGGUGUAUCACAAGUGCCCAGAACAGUGCCUGGCACACAGUAGUGACUCAAUAAAUAUUUGUUCAUUUGAACUGAAUUGGAUUAUGUAUCCAUGGUGUCAAUAGAGAAAGGAGAUCCCUAUACUUUCCUACCUAGAUUUUAUAAGUGAGGAAAUGUUUUUGUCUUUUUU